CAUGGAUAAAUCUGGAUUAUUCAAGGACUGGAUGAAGCAGAACCUUUCUGCCCCAGACUUUGGGACCAGAACUUUGUUUCCUUCACAUCCUUCACAACCUUCAGCUGCAGCUCCAGCCAGAGGUUCCCAGGAAACGAUGUCUCAUCUCCUCUGUGCCUUACUGUCCUUGCUUUCCUUUGCUGCCCUACUGGAAAGUGCCCAGUGGAAACUGCAGGAAAAUGUGCUCGUCAUCGAAUCCCAGUGGGACGCCGAGGCCCCGGCCAGCAGCGUGGAGCUCACCUGUGACAGCUCAGAGGAGCAGGUUUACUGGGAAAAGGACUCAGAAUGGAAGCAGGAAGGGAAGACUCUGACUGCUGCAGUGAAGGAGUUCCCAGAUGCUGGGAAUUACAGCUGCCUGAGCCAGCAGAGCCACAAAGUGCUCAGCUCCCACCUCCUCCUCAUCGCCAAAAUCAACUCCCAGGGGCAGAUGCUGAGGUGGAUCCUGAAAAGCUUCAAAGGGUCCAGUGAGACAUUUUUGAAGUGUGAGGCAAAGAACUACUCUGGAAUUUUCACAUGUUCCUGGAUGACAGAAAAUAAGAGCCCAGAUGUGAAGUUCACCAUCAGAAGCCUGAAAGGCCCCCAGGGGGACGUGUCCUGCAGCAGCCCCGUGGCUGUCACCGAGGGGGCCCUGACCACCUACACAGCCCAGUGCCACAAGGAGAGCUUCUGUCCCUUUGCUGAGGAGCACCAGCCCAUCGACAUCUUCCUGGAGGUCAUCGACCUGGUGGAGUACGAGAACUACAGCGCCAGCUUCUUCAUCAGGGACAUCAUAAAGCCUGACCCCCCCCAGUGCCAGUACGUGGCCACCAAUGGAACAGUGACCUGGGCAUAUCCCAGAACCUGGAGCACCCCAAACUCCUACUUCCCUUUGACUUUCAAGGUCAAAGUUAAAAGACCAAGGAAACACAGAUACCAGGUGUACGACACGGAGGAGCAGUCCCUGCAGCUGGCAGCCCCCGGGCCAGCAGAGGUGUGGCUGCAGGCCAGGGACUGCUGCUACCUCUCCUCCUGGAGCGAGUGGUCCUCGCCCUGCAGGUAA